AUGAAAUUCAUUAUUGUUGUGUUAUUAGCUUUGGUAGCAACAACUUAUGGUUCAAAAACACAAGAUUAAAUCCUUGCCUUAUUAUAAGUAUUGAUUAUUAAUAAAAAUAAUAGACAGGAACAAAAGCAAGUGAUGCUAUUGAUACAGUUUUUGGGUUACUCAAUGAUUUGAAACAAUCAAAUAUUGAUGCUUAAUUUGCUGCAGAUUAAAAGAAUGAAACAGAUGAAUGGAUUGGUGCAUAGUAAAUAUAAUGUUUAUGAUUUAGGACAAUUGAAUAAUUCACAAAAAUCAAAAGUUUGAAUCAAAAACUUUUCAAUUAAGCAAUCGAAAAUAGAGCUAACUAUGAAGAAGUCCUUAAAUAAACAAAAAAUUAUUUGGCUUGGAAUGAAGCAAGAAGAGAUGAAAUUGCAAGAAAAAUUGAUGCACUUUAAGAUAAUCAAUGCUUUAGCAAUUAACUCUUUGUUAAAUCAAUUAAACAUAAUUAAGAAGCCCUUGAAGUUAUUAGACUUUUGAAAUAAGAUGUUGCUGGUUAUAUUAUUAAUGGUGAUUCAUUUGAAUUCACAUAAGUUAAAGCAUAAUCUGUGGCUGAAAAAUUAAAAUAAUAUAGUAAUUUAUUCUAAGAUCAUUAAAUCAAAUCAUUCUUAGCUUUAGCUAAUUCAUAAGAAGUAAAUUAAUUAAAUAUUAUAUUUAAAGGAAUCAACAUCUACUGGAGGAGCUACUUUAGCUGAAAAAGUAUUAGGAGUACUUGAAGGAUUAGAAGCUGAAUUAUCUGCAUCAUUAGAAAAUUUGAAAUAAAAUGAAAUUAAUGCUUCAUGGGAAUUAGCUGGAUGGGUUUCAUUAUCAGAAGCUGAAAUUUCAUCAUUGGAAGUUGAAUAUGAAAGAAAAUAAGUAUUUGCUGAUAGAACUGCUACUGUAAUUUAUUAAUUUAAAUUUAGUAAAUUUAAGCUGCUUUAGCUUAAUAAGCUAAAUCUAAGAUUAUCUUACAAGAAUCAUAAGAUGCACUUGAUUAAGCUUAAUCUGAUUUAGAAGCAAAGAGAGCUGAUUAUGCUGAAGCCAAAGCAAAGAGAGAAGAAGAAAAUGCUAUUCUUGAUGAAGUGAUUAUUAUGUUCAAGAAACAAGUUGCUUCAUGGUCUGGAAGAUGAA